AUGAACAUGAGUCCUGAGCCUGAGAAAGCCGCAUUGGAAGAGUUCGGUGUCGACCUCACCGAGAGAGCACGCGACGGAAAGCUUGACCCAGUCAUUGGGCGGGACGCCGAAAUCCAGCGAACGAUACAGAUCCUCUCAAGACGAACGAAGAAUAACCCGGUCGUGAUUGGUCAAGCCGGUACAGGCAAGACAGCCAUCAUGGAGGGCCUAGCUCAGCGCAUCGUCAAGGGCGAUGUGCCCGAGUCAAUCAAAGACAAGCGUGUCAUCAGUCUGGACCUUGGCUCCCUCAUUGCCGGCGCGAAGUUCCGCGGCGACUUCGAAGAGCGUUUGAAGAGGGUACUAAAGGAGGUCGAAGAGGCGCAGAAAGGCGUCAUCCUGUUCGUUGAUGAGCUGCACACACUGCUCGGUCUAGGCAAGGCCGAAGGCAGUAUUGAUGCCAGCAAUUUGCUGAAGCCAGCGCUAUCCCGGGGCGAGUUGCAGCUCUGUGGCGCUACUACCCUCAACGAGUAUCGACAAAUCGAGAAAGACGCAGCAUUGGCGCGACGAUUCCAGCCUAUCGUGGUCGGCGAGCCCACCGUACAAGACACCAUCUCCAUCCUUCGCGGAAUCAAAGAGCGGUACGAAGUCCACCACGGAGUGAGAAUUACCGAUCCAGCACUGGUGGCCGCGGCUACGUACAGCAAUCGAUACAUUACCGAUCGAUUUUUGCCUGACAAGGCCAUCGACUUGGUGGACGAGGCUGCGAGCGCCCUUCGCCUUCAGCAGGAAAGCAAACCAGAUGCCAUCCAAGAGCUGGACCGUCAGAUCAUGACCAUUCAGAUUGAACUCGAGUCUUUGCGCAAGGAGACAGACAUCACCAGCAAGGAGCGACGCGAGCGACUCGAGGAGAAAUUGAAGCAGAAGCAAGCCGACGUCGAGGUGCUUACUGAGAAGUGGGAGAAAGAACGAGCUGAACUCGGGGCGAUCAAAAAUGCCCAGGAAAACCUUGAGAAGGCCAAGGUCGAACUUGAGCAAGCCCGCCGUGAGGGCAACUAUGCCAAGGCUGGACAGCUCCAGUAUAGCACGAUUCCUGGACUGGAGUCAAAGCUGCCACAGGAUGAUGAGGCAGCCGCAGGCAGCCGACCUGACUCGCUGCUGCACGACGCUGUCACCGCUGACGACAUCGCCUCAGUCGUAUCACGAACCACUGGCAUUCCGUUGUCCAAGCUCAACGCUGGCGACAUGGAGAAGCUCAUUCAUAUGGAAGACACCCUGCGCCAGUACGUCAAGGGUCAGGACGAGGCGCUCACAGCCGUUGCGAACGCCAUCCGUAUGCAGAGGGCUGGUUUGUCAGGAGAGAACAGACCAAUUGCAUCUUUCAUGAUGCUGGGACCCACCGGUGUGGGUAAGACUGAGGUGUGCAAACGGUUGGCGGAGUAUCUGUUCAGCACACCGCAGGCCGUCAUUCGGUUCGACAUGAGUGAGUUCAGCGAAAAACACACAGUGUCGCGUUUGAUCGGUAGCCCUGCUGGCUAUGUCGGCUACGAUGACGCCGGUCAGCUCACGGAAGCGGUACGACGAAAGCCGUACGCCGUUCUCCUGUUCGACGAAUUCGAAAAGGCUCAUAAGGACAUAUCAACACUGCUCCUUCAGGUGCUUGACGAAGGCUUCCUGACUGACGCUCAAGGGCACAAGAUCGAUUUCCGGAAUACCAUCAUUGUCAUGACAUCCAACCUUGGCGCAGACAUCAUUGUCGGUGACGAGAUCGUUGAGUCAGCCGGCAAGGACUCGAGCGAGAUUCCGCCAGAAGUCCGCGAUGCGGUCAUGGCAGUGACCCAGUCUCACUACGCGCCAGAGUUUAUCAACCGCCUGGACGAGUUUAUCAUCUUCCGGCGCUUGUCUCGCGAGGCGCUGCGCGGCAUCGUCGACAUCAGGCUCAAGGAGCUUCAGCAGAGACUCGACGACCGCAGGAUUGUGCUCGAUUGCUCUGACGAAGUCAAGCAGUGGCUCUGUGACCGAGGCUAUGACCCCAAGUUUGGCGCACGCCCUCUGAAUAGGUUGAUCGCCAAGGAGGUUGGCAACGGCCUCGCGGACAAGAUCAUCAGGGGAGAGAUGCUGAGCGGUAAUGUUGCCAAGGUCACUAUUCGCGAAGAUGACUCUGGCCUCAACGUGGCCGCAGCAUCCUGA